AUGUGGGAUCAAGGAGGACAGCCUUGGCAGCAGUGGCCCUUGAACCAACAACAAUGGAUGCAGUCAUUCCAGCACCAGCAGGAUCCAAGCCAGAUUGACUGGGCUGCAUUGGCUCAAGCUUGGAUUGCCCAGAGAGAGGCUUCAGGACAGCAAAGCAUAGUAGAACAACCACCAGGGAUGAUGCCAAAUGGACAAGAUAUGUCUACAAUGGAAUCUGGGCCUAACAAUCAUGGGAAUUUUCAAGGAGAUUCAAACUUUAACAGAAUGUGGCAACCAGAAUGGGGAAUGCAUCAGCAACCCCCACACCCCCCUCCAGAUCAGCCAUGGAUACCACCAACACCAGGCCCAGUGGACAUUGUUCCUCCUUCUGAAGACAGCAACAGUCAGGACAGUGGGGAAUUUGCCCCUGACAACAGGCAUAUAUUUAACCAGAACAAUCACAACUUUGGUGGACCACCCGAUAAUUUUGCAGUGGGGCCAGUGAACCAGUUUGACUAUCAGCAUGGGGCUGCUUUUGGUCCACCGCAAGGUGGAUUUCAUCCUCCUUAUUGGCAACCAGGACCUCCAGGACCUCCAGCGCCUCCCCAGAAUCGAAGAGAAAGGCCAUCGUCAUUCCGGGAUCGACAGCGGUCACCUAUUGCCCUUCCUGUGAAGCAGGAGCCUCCUCAAAUUGAUGCAGUAAAACGCAGGACUCUUCCAGCUUGGAUUCGUGAAGGUCUUGAAAAAAUGGAACGUGAAAAGCAAAAGAAAUUAGAGAAAGAAAGGAUGGAACAACAACGUUCACAAUUGUCCAAAAAAGAAAAGAAGGCCACAGAAGAUGCUGAAGGAGGUGAUGGCCCUCGUUUACCUCAGAGAAGUAAAUUUGAUAGUGAUGAAGAAGAUGAAGAUCCUGAAAACAUUGAGGCUGCAAGCAGUGGAAAAGUCACCAGAAGUCCAUCUCCAGUUCCUCAGGAAGAGCAGAGUGAACCAGAGAUGACUGAAGAAGAGAAGGAGUAUCAAAUGAUGUUGCUGACAAAAAUGCUUCUGACUGAAAUUCUUCUGGAUGUCACAGAUGAAGAAAUUUAUUAUAUAGCCAAAGACACACAUCGGAAAGCAACAAAAGCUCCUGCAAAACAGCUGGCACAGUCCAGUGCACUGGCUUCCCUCACUGGACUCGGUGGACUGGGUGGUUAUGGAUCAGGAGACAGUGAAGAUGAGCGGAGUGACAGAGGCUCUGAGUCAUCUGACACUGAUGAUGAAGAAUUACGGCACCGAAUCCGGCAAAAACAGGAAGCUUUUUGGAGAAAAGAAAAAGAACAGCAGCUACUACAUGAUAAACAGAUGGAAGAAGAAAAGCAACAGUCAGAAAGGGUUACAAAAGAGAUGAAUGAAUUUAUCCACAAAGAGCAAAAUAGUUUAUCACUUCUAGAAGCAAGAGAAGCAGAUGGUGAUGUGGUUAAUGAAAAGAAAAGAACUCCAAAUGAAACGGCAUCCAUUUUAGAACCAAAAAAAGACCAUAAAGAAAAAGAGAAACAAGGAAGGAGUAGAUCAGGAAGUUCUAGCAGUAGUUCCAGUAGCAAUAGCAGAACUAGUAGUACUAGCAGUACUAUCUCCAGUUCUUCUUACAGUUCUAGCUCAGGUAGUAGUCAUACUUCUUCUCGGUCUUCUUCUCCUAAAAGAAAAAAGAGACAUAGUAGGAGUAGAUCUCCAACAAUUAAAGCAAGACGUAGUAGAAGUAGAAGCUACUCUCGCAGAAUUAAAAUAGAGAGCAGUAGGGCUAGGGUGAAGAUUAGAGACAGGAGGAGAUCUAAUAGAAAUAGCAUUGAAAGAGAAAGACGACGAAAUCGGAGUCCUUCCCGAGAGAGACGUAGAAGUAGAAGUCGCUCAAGGGAUAGACGAACCAAUCGUUCCAGUCGCAGUAGGAGUCGAGAUAGGCGUAAAAUUGAGGAUCAACGUGGAAAUCUUAGUGGGAGCAGUCAUAAGCAUAAAGGUGAGGCUAAAGAACAAGAGAGGAAAAAGGAGAGGAGUCGAAGUAUAGAUAAAGAUAGGAAAAAGAAAGACAAAGAAAGGGAGCGUGAACAGGAUAAAAGAAAAGAGAAACAAAAAAGGGAAGAAAAAGAUUUUAAGUUUAGUAGUCAAGAUGAUAGAUUAAAGAGGAAAAGAGAAAGUGAAAGAACAUUCUCAAGGAGUGGUUCUAUAUCUGUUAAAAUUAUAAGACAUGAUUCUAGACAAGAUAGUAAGAAAAGUACUACCAAAGAUAGUAAAAAGCAUUCAGGCUCUGAUUCUAGUGGAAGGAGCAGUUCUGAAUCUCCAGGAAGUAGCAAAGAAAAGAAGGCUAAGAAGCCUAAACAUAGUCGAUCGCGAUCCAUGGAGAAAUCUCAAAGGUCUGGUAAGAAGGCAAGCCGCAAACACAAGUCUAAGUCCCGAUCAAGAUCAACAACCCCUCCCCGUCGUAAGCGCUGAGGAAUGAUGUGGCAAGAAUGCCAUGAUGUUUUAAAAAAAUUCCAUGAGUUUUAAGGGCUUGUCUCAUUAUAGAGGCACAUUGUGGCUGUGUAGGUGAAACCAGAAUCUUUUUUUUUUUUAAUCUGUAAAUAGGUGUACUUUUUCCAAAUGCUGCUCCAAGUUACUUAAUAGGAUUUCUUUGUAUUACAUUUUUUUCAAAAAAUAGUGCAUAAUAAGACUAUAAACAUGCCAUUCUCUUUCAGCUGUAAUGUUCUUAAACUUAUUCUUGAAUGUACUGUGAUGUCAAUAAAGCUCUUUAGUUCAUUUUUGUUAAACUCUUGCACCUUAAUUUUAUAAUUUUAAUCUAAGGAACAUACUUUUCUAAAAAGGCAGCUGGAAUUUUGUACAACAGCUUUUAAAGGUACUUCCUUCCACCUCCCCCAAAGAAAAACAGUUUUAACUUAAAAGUUUGUCAGAGUUUGCAAAUUGUAUCCAUGGACUUGUGUCAAAUUCCAACAUUAAGGGUGUGGAAGAGGGCCAGAAAUAGACCUUUUAUUUUCACUUGGAAGCAUUUGAUUAACCUUUGAAACUUUUCUUAUUUUGGGGAGUUUCAAGUAAAUACAUAUUCGCUGUAUGUAUAAGAUAGGAUUCACACUUGUAAAAUGAAAUUGCUGGAAUCAAUCAAGCCAGUGCAUCAGUAUAGUUAUUUGUAAUGAACAACUGUGUUUGACACUAAUAGUAAAGUCUGGGAACUAUAUUUUACACCCAGUUUAUUUCACUCAUUUCUGUUUUAGAGGUAUAUUGAAACACCUUGAGUUACUAUAGAAAUAGACUUAAAAUUUCAAUAUAUUUAUAUUUUUAAAAGUAUAACGUGACCUCAACCCAGUGGAGGAGUGCUGUAUUAUGCAGGUGUGUGUCAAUUACUUAACAUUAAAUGGUAUGAUUUUGUCAGUUUCUAAAAAUUAUGAUCAAUGAGUGGUCCAGUUUAAAGCAGUCACAGCUUAUGAGUAGAAUGGGGCUCUUGAGGCAUUUUUAACUUUAAAUCAAGUGCUAUCAGGGUCCAUUUUUUUAAUGAUUAUGCACUUAUGCAGUGAUGAAUCUGAAAACAUAUGCUUUUAAAUUUUAUUUUAAAAAGCAAGUCAGGACACAGACAAUUUUAAAGUAUGCCUUCUUACCAGCAAUAGUUCAUUUAAAAAAUAAUGCCAGAUUUUUGCCAAGAUCAGUGUUUCCUCAAAAUGAAGAUAAAAAUAGAUUUGUAUAGUGUGCUCUUGUACCUCUACAUAGGUUCUUUUAAAUAAUUUUGAGCAGUUAUGCAUUUAUCUAAAGGAAGUAAACUGUGAAUAAAUGCAUGUUUACCAAAAUGGCUGUUUACAGUGCAUUUAGUUCUGAUAUUUAUAAAGUUGACAUUUCACAGAAUAAUUUUAAAAUAGUUUGUAAGUCUAUAUGGUUUAGAUCAUAGAGACAAGAAAAAUGUGCAAUAUUUUUUAUGUAGAUGAGCUAACUGAAGUGUACCUAAUUGAAGAAUUAUCUGAUUAUUUGUAAUAGAUAAGUUGUAUAACAUUUUCAUAUCUUAAAAUGUUUUUUAGAUUAAUCUUCAAGUGAAAUACUAUUUUCAAAAUAAAAUUAUACAGAAAAAUUCUGCUGGCUAUGAUAUACACAUUUUUGGACAAAAUAUGAACUUGAGUCAAAAGUAUAUUUGACGGUUUUAUCUACUUUGUCAUGAUUUGCAAGCUUCUUAUCAGUUAAAACCAUAGUUUUUUAAAAAAAUCAUGACAAUUGUGAAUAGUAGAUAUCAGUGUUACUAUUAGAUACUUGGGUUUUUCAUAUUUUAUGGAAAAUUGAGAGAAUUCACCAUUUCCUUGACUUAGUGUUUGAGUGGUAAGAUUAUGUAGAAUAGAGCUUCCAUGAUUUAGGAUGUGAAUGCUAAAACUUACAUGUAAGUUAGAUAUAUAACUUAACUAUGAAAUCUUUUCUAAAAUGACACCACCAGAAAAUUAAUACAUUUUUGAGAUAAUCAUUGGUCUGGAUUGGUCAAUACAAUCUGUCUUCUUUAAAAGAGCCUCUUAAAAAUAUAUCUAGUAUAUUAAUCAUACUUGCUUUGUGGAGUGGGGGUAAACCACACCUUUAAGAGAAUAAAACAUAAUCUGGAAAAGGUAAUUACAAGAUUUGUUUCAGGUCCCUAAAAUACAAAUAAAGAUUGGUGUGGAAUUUCAGUGUACUUGUUUUCUGCCAUUGUAAAAUAAAAUGUUUUCUUA